CAGAAAUGCAUAUGUAUUAGCUGUGUAUCCAGUUAUACGCAGCAUUCAGCAUUUUUAUAUGUUGUAAUGACAUAAUUCUUUAAUAAUUCAUCAUAUUACUAUCAUAUUAGCUUUGGUAGCAUCUUAUAUCAACAGGUAUACAAACGCCAUUAGUACUUACUUCUUCCCUACAAUCGUGAACGUUGUUUUGUUGGCGUAUUUUUCGGGCAUCGAGAUAAGAGAUAAGCUUUACAUGUGGUAUUGGCCAUCGUAAGCAGGUGUUUUAGAAACAUUUCAACGACAUCAAGUCGAUCACGCAGUACAACAGAAAGUACACGUUGCAAACCCUCUAAAACGAACGAUGGCUGAUGAAGACAAAGGAUUGGUUGCAGGUCAUCCUCCAGCGGUGAAGGCUGGUGGUAUGCGCAUUGUGCAACAUAAAACCCCGAACCCUGAGCGACCAGCCAAGGAUCCAGUUGAGGUCAUCGGGCUUUCGAAUCCUGCCCCCAACGUAAACACUGGUGAAGUGGUCCAGUCGGCAACAAGUACCAAGCAUACCGACCAUUCCGUUGAGGCUUCACAGGUGGCCCAUGCCCAGAAACCACCGGCUGCCAUACACAACAAACCAGUGAACCACAUCCAACAGCCUCGGAAGUGAAUAAUGUCUCUAAAUGCAAUUUAUUGGUGCGUGAAGAAAAGGAGAAAGAAGAGAUAAAGUGCAAACAUACGCCAUGGAAUUUUGGGAUGCAGAAACAAUGACCAUAUUACGGAAUGGCCGAGCGUAUAAAAUCAAUGCUGAUUGCAAUGUUCCCAUGCUUUCAAAGUCGUUGCGAUGCAUGAAGAGAUAGCCUUAUAUAUAAUCAAUGUCGCGCAGGGCUUUUGCUUUCUUCUCAGUAAUUUGAUAUAUUUGUUCCAUUCUUAUGUUGCCUAGUGCGCAAUUUUUUCUUCACUUAUUUUACAAAGCUGUUCCAUUCAAUGGAGUGCUUUAUUUUUUAUAUGGUUUUGGUCUUUAAUUAUAAUAAUAUUUCAUAAUCAAGUUGUAACAACAAUGUACGAAAAAUACUGCAGUAUAUUUUGCUAAAUUAACUGUGUACUGUAGCUGAUAACAUCGAUAACUGUUGAGCGGAUGGAAAAUGAAUUUUAGAAAAGAUUUUUGUCAUAAUAAACACUUGUUGUAAACGGGAGGGUGUCAUGAAGUUUGCGAGCACAGAAAUGCAAGUAUAUGCCGCGAUAUGGUGCUGCACCGAAUUCUAAGCAGUCAAUAAAGCUAUAAAACG